AACGGAAACGUAGGCCAAUAUUCGGUGUGAAGUAGAUGGAGUUUUGUAUUUGUCGUUAUAAUACUUGUCACGCUAAUCGCUAACUAGCUUAUUAUAUCAAAAUAUUGAUAUAUCUUCAAGCAUAUUUUUUAAUAAGUAUAACUCUCUUUCACAACUUCAAAAUUAGUUUUCAUCUGAUUAGGGCAAUCCGGGGCAAUCGGAUGUUUCGAAACAAUUUUUUUUUAUGCACGAAUGUCAGGAUCACAUAGGAAGGUCACAAUAGAAAAGAUAGACGAACACUCAUGAUAAUGCGUAGUUUAUCUUGACAAUUAUUUUUUUGGAAUUUGGGCUGUACCAACUACUUCAUUAUCCUGCAUAACCAUAAGCAGUAUGGCUUCUGAAAGAAAUCAAGUCACCAUGAAGCACUUAAAAGGGAAUCAAGAGCACAAACUUACGCCUCACGAGACCUCAGCAUCUGUUUCAUCAGGUGCCUGUGAGUUCAGGUACACUCUGGACGGGGAAGUCAUGAGCCACGGGGAAAGGAGGUUCUACGAGGACAAUGGCUACUUGCUCGUCCGCGGCCUGGUGGAACAUGCUCUGCUGGAUGAGUGUUGCCGGCGGUUCGUUGACGUGUGCGAGGGCCGGGUGCCGAGGAGCAACAUGGUGCUGAUGAAGGACAAGUCCCUGCUGGCGACCGAAGCUGCCGGGGAGAAGCUGUACUACAAGCUGCAGGACAUAGUGUGGGACGACGUGUUCUCCAAGUACAUCCUGCACCCUCGGGUGCUGGACUACGUGGAGUGUUUCACCGGACCGAAUGUGAAGGCAGUGCACACUAUGCUCAUCAACAAGCCCCCUGACUCGGGGAAGAUGACAUCCAUCCACCCUCUGCACCAGGACCUUCAUUAUUUUCCAUUCCGCCCGGCAGAUCGCAUCGUGGCUGCGUGGACCGCGAUGGAGAGAGUCACAGUGGACAAUGGGUGCUUGGUGGUCAUACCGGGCACUCACAAAGGAAAAUUGGAGCCUCAUGACUACCCUGAUUACGAAAAUGGUGUUAACAAGGCCUUUCAUGGCGUGAAAGGUUUUGAAAAUCAUCCGCUUUUACCACUGGAAAUGGAAAAAGGAGACACAGUGUUUUUUCAUCCCAUUCUCGUCCAUGGCUCUGGUAUUAAUACAACCAAGGGCUUCAGGAAAGCCAUCUCCUGCCAUUAUGCUGCAAGUGAAUGCCAUUACAUAGACGUGAAGGGGACAACCCAGGAAAAUAUUGCCAAAGAGGUAGAAGAGCUAGCUCUUCGCAAAGGAUUCGACUUAGACUUUCAGACAUUAUGGAAACUGCGUAUGAGGCUAGCAAGAGGAAGAGAACUUUCACGAUUAUGAUGAAGAAACGUUACUCAUGAUUUCUUGUGACUAAAAAAUAAUCCAUUUUUCUCAUAAAUUCUGUUUCACUUUUAUUCACUAAAUUUUGACAUAAAUUUUAGCCUGAGAAACAGUAUGCAAACAUGUGAAGUAUUGUGUCAGGGAGUAUGAAAAAAAUUGUGCCUAAAAUAUAAUUUUGUAACUGUAAUCUUUUAGAAAAAUUAUAUAACUCCUGGUUUUAUUUAUGUUUUAAAAGAACUAUAUAACAGUUAUAUGAAACAUCUGUUGCUGAGUAUAGAAUAUUGUGGAUAUUAAGUAGAGAUGACUAGAAGCAGAUAUAAUACUAUUUUACCAGUCCGUAGAUAUUUAAAAAAUUCACAUCCAUACUAGAGUUUAAAGUAAGCUAUUACUGUGGGACAAUGCACAAUCCUAGACAAAUUAAUAAUAGUAUAUUUACACAACACUUCAGAAAGAAUUUUGCAUACAACAGACAGCAAAAUUUUAAACAUCCCAAGUUAAUUAAUUAAUUUAAAUAUCUCUUCCGUGAUGAUAAUUUCAGUUUAGGCAACCCACGUAGCGUGUGAAGGUGAUGUGAUCCAGCAGUGAAUUACAGUAAUAAUGACCAGUUGCACCAAUAGAGUUCUAGCGUGUUCUAACGUCAGAAACUGGUUUGAUCGGGGUCUGACCACAUUUUUUGUUGCACCGUUGUGUUUUGAGAGCUGAAUGAAGAUCGUUGGGGACUUCAAUCUGAACUAACUCUCGGGGUGUUUCUUGGUCAGUGGUCUCGAAUCGACACUGAUUGAGCAGACUUGACUGGCAUUUCUACAGACUUUAUGCAGGUUAAUUUAAUCGGUCGUAAAUAUUAGAAUUGUAUUUACAAAAUUCAAAUAAUUCAUAAUACUGGUAUCUAAACUGCUACUUAUUCUAAUCUACAACCACUUCUCAUGUGAAAUACCCUAUAUUAAGUGUUUGAAAAGCUUGUUAUUUAGUGUAAUGGUCUUACAAUACUUUUUAAUUUUUCAUAAAUACUUUCCAUAUUAAAUAGUGACUUUAUUUAAAGUCAAAACCUGAGUUGCUGUGUAUUCAAAAUCAAAUUUUAUGUUUGUUCAGAUAAAAAAAAGUACUGAUUGACCAUCAAAUAGUAACAUGACCACACCAGCCAUUCUUAGUCUGUUUGAAAACCAUGCGAGAGACACGGGAGAAUGUAUUUUAUUGACAGGCCAGAUGUAAUGAAGAGGACAGGCAAUUGUCAAAAUUUAGUGAAGCUACAUGAGACAGUGUAGUAGUGUUAUCUUAUUUUAUUUACAACUGUAAUUUACCAGGUCGUAGGGCUUGUUUUGGUCUUGCAGAAUAAUUUUGCACCCCACCCUUUCUCCUUUAGAAGCUUUGAAUAAAAGUUAACCAAGAUCGUGCAAGAACUUAUCUUCCAAAAUAUCAUAUCAAAUUUAUUUUGAUACUAGUCCGGACACUAUUUUUAGUUCUUUUAUUAUAUCUAUGUUUGUGAAUUUCAUAAAAUGGCGGGAAUGAUACAUAUUUUAAUACAAUUCAUAUUUGUGUUUUUUUUUAUUUCUGCUACAUAUUUUAUCUGAUUUGUGGGUGUAUGUCAUAUUAAGUUUUUUUACUCUGUGUAAAAAUAUUAUUGUAGAGAGGAAUGUAAGAUAGUGUUAAGUUUAUUCAACUGAAUUAGUCAGUGUCCAAAUAUAUUUUUGAUAUAAAAAUUUACUGAACCAAAUAGUUCAGUUUUAUUUAAAAACUAAGGUGGAAGCCAUAAGGAGUAUCAUAUUUGUUAAAAAGAGGUAAUUUGCCACUUGUUUUUAGCUACUGUUAUAAUUGCUUAAUGUGUCUAUGGUAAUUUGCGUGGUGUAGAGUUCUGUAAUGUGUGUUUACAGGUAUGUAACUCUAAAUUAGCUCAGGAAAUGAAGUCAGCAGUUUUCUAGUUGUCCUUAGUAGUUUUUGUCUUUGUAUACUGUUUUUUUUAUAUUGUCUUGUGUCUGUCUGUGCUGUAAUAAAGUUGUGGCUAUUUUCUUCCACUGAA